AUGUUUUCCUGGUCGGGUGUUGCAGCGGCGUUGGGUUCGGUUGUGGGUGGUGCUCUUGCUCAAGCUAAUUGGCGUUGGAUUUUCUAUCUCAACAUUCCCAUUUGCGGUGCAGCACUUGCUGCUAUUCUCUUCUUCAUGCGUCUGGAUUAUCUGGGAAACCUUAUUUUCAUCCCUAGCAUUAUUUCUAUUCUUCUCGGCUUGGUAAUGGGCGGCAUCGAACAUCCGUGGUCUUCCUGGCGCAUCAUAUUACCACUCGUUCUUGGUAUACUGGGCUGGAUUGCCUUCCAUAUUCAACAACAUUUCAGCAGCAACCCCAGCGUGCCUAGUCGUUUGUUCAGCAACCGCACUUCUGCAGCGGCAUUCGUCUUGACGUUUCUCUCGUCUGUCCUGGUUCAAGCCAUCUCAUACUUUCUCCCCAUAUACUUCCAAGCUGUUUUAGGCACUACCGUCUUUCACUCCGGCGUGAACUUCCUUCCAUUUGCUAUCGGUACUCUUGUCUUUGCCACAAUGUCCGGCAUACUCCUUAGCAAGCUCGGUGCCUAUCGGCCUCUUCACGCAUCGGCUUUUGCACUCUCGGCCAUUGGCUUCGGUCUUUUUACCCUCCUAGAUGGAAGCACGUCGAAAAUCGCCUGGGCUUUCAUCCAAUUGAUUGCGAGCGCUGGCUCAGGCAUGAUCCUCUCGAUUCUGCUCCCUGCAAUCAUGGCUUGGCUUCCCGAAUCGGACGUCGCAUCGGCAUCGGCAGCCUAUAGUUUUAUUCGAACAUUCGGAUACAUCUGGGGUGUCACCGUUGCUUCCAUCAUUUUCAACGCCGUCUUCAACAAGAACUUGCCCAGUAUAUCUUCUUUGUCGCUACAGACGGAGCUGAAAGACGGCGCCGCAUACUCUUUUGCGAGUCACGUGCACGAGGUUCGUGGACAAUACGAUGCUAGCGUGUGGAACGAAGUGAUCCAGGUCUAUGUAAAGAGUCUGAAAGCUAUUUGGUGGGUUGGGCUAGGGUUUAGUCUAGUAGGAUUUUUUGUAGUUGGCGUGGAGAGAGGUUUAGAAUUAAGAAAAGAACUAGAGACAGAGUAUGGUAUUGAUGAAGAUAAAAAGACUGCUAUACAGGAUAAUAGCGAAAGUGCUGAGGCGCUUGAACUAAGCUGA